UUGAUUAGUACGUUUGUCACAACGAUGUCGAGAUGGUCAGUUUUUCCUUUUUUUCUUGUAAUAGCGCUCAUGACUACGUCGACAGCUUCGCUGUCGAUUUUGCUGAUCGAGUCCUUCAUGACGACUAGUCAUCACAUCUGGGCAAUGACUUUGGUAAAAGGACUACUCCAAGAAGGUCAUCGUGUACAUGUGAUGAGCAUUCACGAAGCCAACAUUGAAGAUAAUUUGGCGCAGAAUUUGACAUACGCUAUUUUCGAAGAUGUGAUGAAAGAGAUACGCGAAACCAGUGGUCACAACUUUAUUGAAUGGAUGGACUUCAGUGUAUUUUACAUGAUAUAUUUUGAAUAUUCUUGGGGUAUCAAUACGUGUGAAAAAAUAAUCCAAACCAAAGCAGCGAAGGAGCUUUUAGAAAUGAUUAAACACCAUGAAUUUGACGUUAUAGUGCAGGACAUUACGUUACAUCAAUGCUUAUAUGGAUUGUGGCAGGUAGCAAAAGCUAAAACACCUAUAGUGGGAUUUAUCCCGUUCGGCCCUGCACCCUGGCUGAAGGAAUACACCGAUUGCCCGAAUUAUCCAAAUAUGCGACCUUAUGGGUAUGCAGCGGUCAUGAGACCUGCGAAUCUUUGGCAAAGAACGUUAAAUGUUCUUUAUUACAUCAUAGACGAUUUUAUCCGACACUAUUAUUUCUUGCCCGCUUCUCAACGGCUUGCCGAGCAAUACGUAGGUCACAAAAUCAAGCCAUUACGUGAAUUAGAGAAAACGAUUAGGAUCGUGUUGAUAAAUAGUCAUUUCACAUUUGACAAUGGGAUUCCGUUGCCGCCAAACGCCAUAGAGGUUGGUGGGAUGCACGCUCAAGUGCAGUCAGUCAUUGGGGUAGAUGCAAGUCACUACGAGAGUAUGUCUAAAUUUCUUGAUGAAGCAGAAAAUGGAGUUAUCGUAAUAUCGUUGGGAACGAAUGUAGAUUGGAAACAUAUCGGAUUAAAUAAACUGAGAGCUGUCGUGUUGGCUCUGUCAAAAUUGAAACAACAAGUACUUUGGAAGUUAAAUAUUGAUGUGCCAGUCAAAAUGCCGGACAACGUGAUGGCCGUUAAAUGGCUUCCCCAAAAUGAUGUUUUGAAUCAUAAGAACGUAAAAGCAAUCUGGUCGCACGGCGGUCUUCUCAGCCUGCAGGAAGCUAUCUGGAAAGGUAUACCAGUGGUCGGGAUGCCUUUCAUCUUGGAGCAAAGAUAUGAAAUGGAGAAGUUAAUAGCCAAAGGUGCAGGUAUACGAUUGGAUUUUAACACAUUAUCCAUGCAAUCCAUACUGAAUGCACUUGAAGAAAUAGUUUACAAUAAGAGUUAUACGGAAAAUAUGAAACGAUUGUCUAAUGAAUAUCGAGAUCGUUCAUUGCCGCCGUUGGAUCUAGCGAUUUGGAGUAUUGAAUACGUCGUUCGCAAUCCGAAUGGAAAUUUAGCAUCGCCAAUUAGAUCCCAAAGCUGGAUGGAGAAAAAUCUGAUCGAUGUCUAUGCAAUUUUGUUUUUUGCUCUUGUCGUAAAGUUGUUAUUUGAUUUCUUUGUACUGAAAAUGCUGUAUAAUUAUUUUUGCAAAAGCACUCCAUCUAAAUCACGUAAAGACAAACAAAUGUAAAUUGUUAAGAGUAUUAUUAAUGUUAUUCACAUUACUACUUUAGGUGAACGGAAUUUGUAAGCAAUUUAUGUGUUAUAAGUAGUAACUCCUUUUCUUAUCAUUAAUUUGAUAAGAUGGAAUCUGUAUCUAAAUAUGAAUAUCAUAAUGAUAGUAGAGUGAUAAUACAAAUGUCGAGAGGGAUAAUUUAUAAUGCAUAUUUAUAUAUUGUUCGUACAAUUCGUGCCAAUUAUACCUAACUAUUAAUAAUGAAAGCGCUUUUGGUUUAUGGCAGUUGUACUAAAUAAAACAUUUAUAUUGUAUAA